GGCCUUUGGGUGCUGCUACUCCCCCUCAUAGAAUAUGGAUACAAGACACCAUCCCGGGGAAAUACAAAUAUAACCGCCGAUCUCGCCUUGACAACUCACUAAUGGCUAUCAGCAAUAACAAAUUGCCAACCCCACCGUUCUGUUCUGUCCAGGGCUCCCCUUACGACGCCCAUACGACGGGGAUGACCGGAGCCAUCAGCUACCACCCGUACGGCAGCCCUGCCUACCCCUACCAGCUCAACGACCCCGCGUACAGGAAAAACGCCACCCGCGACGCCACGGCCACGCUGAAGGCCUGGCUGCAGGAGCACCGCAAGAACCCCUACCCCACCAAGGGCGAGAAGAUCAUGCUGGCCAUCAUCACCAAGAUGACCCUCACCCAGGUCUCCACCUGGUUCGCCAACGCGCGCCGGCGGCUCAAGAAGGAGAACAAGAUGACCUGGCCCCCGCGGAACAAGAGCGAGGACGAGGACGACGACGAAGGCGACGGGGCGAGGAGUAAGGAGGAGAGUCCCGACAAGAUGCCCGAGAGCAACGAAACCUCUGCGGAGGACGAAGGGAUCAGCUUGCAAGUCGACUCGCUGACGGACCACUCCUGCUCCGCCGAAUCGGACGGCGAGAAGCUGCCCUGCCGAGCGGGAGACCCCCUCUGCGAGUCGGGCUCGGAGUGCAAAGACAAGUACGAGGACAUCGAGGAGGAGGAAGAGGACGACGACGAGGACGACGAGGAGGACAUCGAGGAGGACGACGGCGGCGGCGGGGAGCGUGACCCGCCGGCCAAGCCCGCCACCUCCUCGCCACUGGCGGCCGUGGAGGCCCCGCUCCUCGGCCACCCGCACGCCGACGCCGCCCGCAGCGCUGGCAAGGCGGCGCUGGGGCCCCGCGCCUCCCCCGGCCCCCCGACGCCGGCCAGCAAGCCCAAGCUCUGGUCUCUGGCCGAAAUCGCCACCUCGGACCUCAAGAGUCAGACCCUGGGCCAAGGCUGCCAGCCUGCGCCGCUCUCCUCGGCCACCCCCGCCUCCGCCCCGCACAGCGCUGCCUACUCGCCCUCCUCCCUCCUGGGGAGGCAUAUUUAUUACACCUCACCUUUUUAUAGCAAUUAUACAAACUAUGGGAACUUUAACGCUCUGCAGAGCCAGGGAAUCCUGAGAUACAACUCCCCAGCAGUGGCUUCAAACGAGGGACUAAGUCAGACUGUCCUAAAUGCCAGCUCUGUCCACAAACAGAGCAGUGACUCUUUGAAAACGAUCACUAACCAGCUAGAACAACAUUACAGGCCCUCUAGCUAUGACUCUAAGAAAGAUCCCACUGAAGUCUGCACAGUAGGAGUACAACCAUACCUAUAGAAGUGCAAUCACACAGCAAUGCAAGUAGGUGUCACAAUUGCUUUGAAAAAAGUCAGCAAGCCAUCAUCUCUCCCCGAGCUAAUAUAUAUAACAAAUCUCUAAAUCCGGAUCACAUCUGGUGCCACUGUAUAAAAGAAGACCACAGAGCACUAUUAAAUCUUCAGAAUCUAAUUAUUAAACCAGAAUUUUGUUGGACAUAUGUGAGUUUGCUGGUAUAGUAUAGUUUCCCCAAUGUAUGUGUGACUUUUGAAAACAGAUCUGUUUUUCUCAGGAUAUCUUGAAUUGAUCACUUCAUUGCCACGGUAUCUAUUCGAUAGGUGUGAUAGGAUUUAUUGUAAAAUUUAUUUGUAAAAGAUGUAUACAGUAGAGAUAAUAAAGACGUGAUUGGAGAACUUGAGUCCUUACAAAGUGGAAACAAAUUUGAUAUUUAUUUUUGUAACGAUAUAAAGCUUCUAGUAAUUUAUGCAAGUUGUAUUGCAAUGAAAUCUGAACAUUUUGUAAAUAAAUUUUGCCUGGUUUUUAUUUGAAACAUUGAUGGUUAUACAAUCUUUGGUUGUUUAACAAGAAUUCUUUACUAAUUUAUAUCUCUAAUUGUAAAUAAAAACAGACUAGUCUGCAACAACCUUGUGUUUUUCGUUCAUUUCCCUCAAACUACUAAUUUAUUAUUUAGAAAAGGAGGAAAUUUGUAAUUUCAAUAGUAGAGCUGA